AUGCGCUUUACAAAACCGCUCUGGUUGACGCAUGGAGGUGACAAGAAAGACUAUGAAGUUUACAGCUGCCACGUCUCGCCAGACGGAAGUCGCCUGGUAACGGCAGGAGGAGACGGACAUGUGCGCAUCUGGUCGACUGAUGCGAUCCGCAAUGGCGCAAAAGCAGACUACGACAAGCCCAAACAGCUGGCGGCUAUGAGCUACCACUCGGGCACGAUACACUCUGUGCGCUUCUCUGGAAACGGCAAAUACCUGGCCUCGGGCGCCGACGACAAGAUUGUGUGCAUCUACAACCUCGAUCCCAACCCUCCGACUCACACAACUUUCGGCUCAAACGAGACUCCCCCCGUCGAGAACUGGCGCAUCUUCCGCCGUCUGAUCGGUCACGACAACGAUGUCCAGGACCUGGGCUGGUCGGCCGAUUCCUCCAUCCUCGUCUCGGUCGGUCUUGAUUCAAAAGUCGUCGUCUGGUCCGGCCACACGUUCGAGAAGCUCAAGACCUUGUCACAACACCAGAGUCACGUCAAGGGCAUCACCUUCGAUCCCGCAAACAAAUACUUCGCUACCGCUAGCGACGACCGCACAAUACGCAUCUUCCGCUUCAGCUCCCCUCCUCCGAACGCCACGACCUACGAUCAGGUCAACAACUUCGUUCUCGAAGCCACCGUCUCAGUCCCCUUCACCACCUCCCCCCUCACGACAUACUUCCGUAGAUGUUCCUGGUCUCCUGACGGCGCUCACAUCGCCGCCGCCAACGCCGUCAACGGUCCUGUCAGCUCUGUUGCCAUCGUGACUCGUGGUAGCUGGGAAAGCGAGGUCAACUUGAUCGGCCAUGAGGGUCCCGUCGAAGUGUGUGCUUUCUCUCCUCGCCUCUUCUGUCCUGAGCCACCUCCACCAGCCAGCGACAUCACCGCUCAGGAAAACUUUGCUGCUGGUGCUGUGACGGUCGUUGCCUGUGCUGGUCAGGACAAAACUCUUAGCGUGUGGAACACAAAUUCGCCUCGUCCUUUUGUCGUCACCCAGGAGCUGGCUGCCAAACCCAUCUCGGAUCUUGCCUGGUCGCCCGAUGGAGAGACUGUCUACUUCACUAGUUUGGACGGAACCAUUGCCUGCUGCGUCUUUUCCCCUGGAGAACUGGGAUACCCGGCUCCGGUGGUGAACAACGACAAGGCUUUGGCACGUUUUGGCGCUGGUAGAAGAGUCGGUGUUGUCGAAGGUCCGGAUGCGCUGAGGCUGGAAGAAAACAGUAAAGCAGGAGAGCUCAAGGGCGUUCAGGGACGUAUGGGUGAAUUGAUGGGUGAUGGCACUGUUGCUGUUCCCUCCCUUAACGGCUCCUCGGACAAAUCUGCCCCGGCCUCUACCAACGGCACAUCCAAGGAGAGCACAACAAACGGCAGCACAGAGACUGCUGAACCCAAGGAGCCAAUGCCUCCACCGGAUCCGCAGGUCGCUAAGAUCGACAAACUCAAGCAGCGCGUGACUAUCACGAAAGACGGAAAGAAGCGCAUUGCGCCCUUGCUCGUUUCUUCUUCUUCUGGCGUCGGGGAAUCUUCGCUGCCAAAGCCACAACUCAUGUCUAGCGUCUCGCAAGCUAGCCGCAACGAUGCGCCCCAGACCACAUUGGAUCUAUCAAAGCCAUUCGAUGGUCUACCAAGGGGAGGACUUGCUUCGCUUCUGCUUGGCAAUAAACGUAAAUUCGCCGAGAUCGAAGGGGAUGAUGAUCAUCGUGCCGAGAAGCGCAUUGCAUCUAUCCAACAGUCUGGAGCCUCACCUGUGGUCAUUAACACAGCCGUCGGUCUCGUGCCCCCGAGCGCCGCAGGGAAAAGUAUCACUGAAACUGCUGAACCUCUUAGACCCGCGAUUGUGAAUCCCAGUUUGACCACAAGUCAGGUGAGAUUAGCAGUGCCUCUAGUCCGAACGACCAUAGUCCGCCCUCUCGAUGCGAACGGCAAUCAGGAAACAGAAGGACAGCAGACGGACACUGGUGACGAAUCGUCAAUUGUGUUCGAAGCACGGAAUGCUUCGGGUCCCGCACGUACGGGUAGAGUCCAAGAUCGCGAUCCGACGCGCCUCACAGUCUCUCGAAGAGGGCAAUCCAUUUGGCAAGAUUAUCUACCACGAGCAGUAUUGCUAGUGACCGGAAACCACAACUUCUGGGCUGCGGCUUGUGAAGACGGGUCGGUCCACAUCUGGACUCCAGCGGGUCGCAGAUUGAUCAAUGCUCUCAUCCUUGAUGCACAGCCUGUUAUCAUGGAUUGUCGGGGAUGGUGGCUUCUGUGCGUGAAUGCGGUAGGAAUGUGUUAUGUCUGGAACAUCAAGUCCAUGUCAUCGCCACAUCCACCAGUAUCUCUCGCACCUGUACUUGACAUUGCUGCUACAGUCCAGCAAGGCCACACUACCAAUGGACCCGCUGUCAUGUUUGCUCGCCUUAACUCACAGGGCCGCAUCAUCGUAGGUUUGUCCAACGGAGAUGGCUAUACCUACUCGCAGGCUAUGUAUAUCUGGCAACGUCUGUCGGAGCCUUGGUGGGCAGUGGGUAGUCAGUACUGGAACACGGCAGAUACAUCCAUCUCUACUGUGCAACCCACUUCCAAGGGCACAAAUGGCAGCUCCACUGUUGACGAAGACCUCAAGCCGGAGAAUCUCUCGGCGGGCAUCGUCCCUUUACUCGAACGCAACACCACAACCCAGUCAUUAAUGCGUGGCCGAGCAUACUUCUUGCAACGACUAGUCAAGACACUCCUUGUGGCUGAAGGAUACGAAGGAUUUGAGAGCGCCGUAAGCGUCGCGCAUCUCGAGAAUCGUGUCGCAGCCGCCAUGACGUUGGGUGCACGUGAAGAGUUCCAUCUGUAUCUCCUCAUGUACGCUAAGCGCAUUGGCGCAGAAGGUUCUAAGGCUAAGGUCGAGGAAUUGCUACGAUCACUUAUGGGCAGCGUUUUCGAAGAUGAAGAGGAAAAGGAAAAGCCAGACGAGGAGAAGGGACAAGGCUGGAUGGCCGAAGAAGGCGAUCUCGUUGGCUGGCCUCGGCAAGAGUUGCUCAAGGAGGUAGUUCUCAUCCUUGGCAAGCAUCGCGACCUCCAGCGUAUCACUGUACCAUACGCGCGUCUCCUAGGUGUCCUGGAUGGCGCCAGUGAUGCUAUGGAGAUAUGA